CCAAGCCUUCACAAUAAUGCGAUCAAAAACGCUAAAGCGCAAGCUGCAAAUACAAUGAAUGUCUUUUCUUAAACAAAAGCUUUUAAAAACGUUUCUGUUUGCCUGUUCGUGUUUCACUUAAUAUUUGGAAAAUCUUCUGACAGCAGCGAUUGUGAAACGGUUGAAAAUAGCCAAUGGAUUAAGAUUGAAUUAACUUUGAUGUUGCAAAGUCUCAUUUUCAACAUGGGUGAAAUAAGGUCUUUGCGAAAUAAGGUUGGUCGUGUGCCAGCUUGGAACAACCAAACCAUACGAUGCCUCUUAACCCGAGCUUGUCCAGAUCAAAAGAUCGAAGCGGCAGCGUUCUGGGCCGACCUGAAUUCUUAUCACUGAACCAACCGCUGCGUCACGGCAGACCAUCGAGAAGGACCUGCCAGUGGAAGACGCAUCAGAACCACCAGCCCGAGAACCCGCCAGAGCCCGAAAACACGAGGGAACGCAGAGAAGCGCCAAGACUGCCAGAUGAAGACUGCAUGCUCCUGAACCCCUCUUUCAAAGGAAUCGCUAUAAACUCACUCUUGGCCAUUGACAUUUGCCUCUCCAAACGUCUGGGCGUUUGCGUCCACAGCUCGUCUUCUUGGGGCAGCGUUCGAUCUGUGGUCGUUCUUCUGGCUCUGACGGGUCACGGCAUGACGUGGAUCUUUGGAACGCUGGUGUGUCUCAUGCAGAGUAAUACACUGGCUGGCCAGGAGCUUCUGAUCAAUCUGCUGAUAGCUCUGGUUCUUGACGUCUUAACUGUGGCAGGAGUGCAGAAACUGGUCAGACGAAAAGGACCGUGGGACAUAAGUCCAGGUGUUUUAGACUGGGUUGUCUUGGACUCGUAUUCAUUUCCAGCGGCUCAUGCCAGCAGAGCAGCCAUGGUCUCAAAGUUUCUCCUGUCCCACCUGGUGCUGGCCGUCCCACUGCGUGUCCUGCUGGUUCUGUGGGCCUUCCUGGUGGGCCUGUCCCGGGUUCUGCUGGGUCAACACCACCUGACGGACAUAGCGUGUGGUUUCGCUCUGGGUUUUCUUCACUUUAGACUCAUGGAGUCGGUGUGGCUGUCAUCCAGCGCCUGUCAAACUCUGAUCUCAAUGGGAACGUUCAACUGGGGCUCCACACGUUAAACAUCUACCUCAUGCAGAAGUCAAAUGGACAUCUGUAGAUACAUUCAUUGAGGUCUAGGGUUGCAAAAAUCUGUGAAUUUUCAAGGCUGGGAAUAAACUGGGAAAAAAAUCACUGAGUUGCCUAUAACAGGGAACUUAAAUGUCUUAAUCUUGCAGCACAAUUUAGUUUAAAACAACAAGAUUUAAUGCAAUUUCAGAUGAAUUUCUACCCUGCACAUUCUUCAGUCACAUGCACACUGCUAACUGUGUGUUUAAAUGUGUUUCUACAGUACCUAGUAAAUCAGAUAGCACUACUAUAAUAACUGUUUAAUGACCUUUUGAACAAAGGAGUUUAUAUGUUAGAGCUAAUGUAUUUGAUAUUUCUUCAAUAAAGAUGUCUGUGCCCUUUUUAUGCAUGUUACAGUAAAAAAAAAUCCAUACAGUCAUUCAUACAAAAACACAACUGCACAACUUUUCAAAAUUUUUGUUUAUUUGAAACAAAAAAGAGAUUUGUCAGAUUUGUUUAUAGUCAUCACCCUCUGGGCAUUUCGUUACACGCUUCAGGUUUCUCUUCUUUUAUGUCCCAGUUUUACUUCUUUAAUUCAGCUGAACUUUCAGUUUUGUUGUUGUCUACAUAACGUAAAGCUAUCACAAGCUUCAUCUUUUUUUCCAAAUGUUGUUUAUUUUGUUGUCAAAUAAAAAUGCUGCAAACAUUCACUUGACCUGGAGCUUUUAAUGACUGUAUGUAAGUUUUUCAGAUGAAAAUCUGGAUGCACGGCCAUUCGGUGUUCAUUGCACUAUGAAUGAUAACCUUUGACCUUUCAUUUAACACUUAUUCUAUGAGACUGACCUGGUUGUAUGUCAUUGUGUUUUCAUGACAACUUAAAUUUACUCAUGUGAUGCACAAGUACCUCUGGAAUAUUCUCAAAUAUUAUUCUGUAUGUGAAACAUGAUUGUUUUCCUUUGUGAUUUAAUAAAUGAUGCAUUAUUUGAA